CUGGCUGGCUGGGUAAGAGGUUAAGAACUGAGAUGAGAACUGAGAACUGAAACUGUCGUGGGCAGUGGCGAGGGAGGGAGAGGGAGAGGGAGGGAGGAAGGAAGGAAGCGAGAGAGGGAGAGCCGGCCGUGUGUGUGGCUGUCGGUCCUCUGUCUUAUGUACAUUACCACCUGCAUUCUAAGGCGUGCACGUUUAUGCAUAGACCGACAGACCAUGAUUGCGUCCUCCUGGUGGCCACAUUGUUGAUCCGAUUCAUUCAUUCCACCUCCGUCGUGGUGAUUUUAGCUUCGUCCUCAUCGUAGGUUGCUGCUUCAAGUGCCUGGGGCUCCCCAUCCCAAUCCCAUUCCAGUACUGUCCAGUGACUGCAGUCUGUCGGGUGUUGUUGUGUUGAGUUGUGUUGUAGAGUUACCUCCUUUUCGUUUGGUUUGUUUGGCCUUGCUCUGAGCCGUCCUGCUCUAGACGUGCACGCCCGCCCCGCCCCCACCUCCACGUCCGUUCCCUUCACCGGAAUCGCUCUUGCGCUGCUGCUGUGUAGUCAUCCAUCACCCUCUUCUUUCUUUCUCGCUCUCACGAGUCCUCUCAUCUAAUUUUGUGCCUGCCACCACAGCUGUGGUGCGUCUCAUCGGUCGCGCUUGAAGAGACGCGCUGAAUGGGAUUGGAUUGGGAGCAAAUGGCCGUCUUGCUCGGGUGAAAGCGGUUGGAAGUAGAAUGUACUUGCUUCUUGGACUUUGCAUCUAGGACGUGUUGGAGUCAGAACGAUUCUGUGCAUUUUUAGGGAAACCAAUCCGGAUGUAUAUUUUUUGUUUAUGUGAACAGAGUUAUUAGGAGGUGAGAAUUCGUCAACAAAGGAUCAGGCCAGAAAUCUGUUUGCAAAUGAUGCCUCCCCGGAGUGGAGAUGGUGUGUGGCCGGACGCAGUCGAUCACUUUGUUUUUCGUGGGCAGAAGGGUUCGCGCUCUCCUCCAAAGGUCGUGUUGCAAACGAAGGAAAUGUUAUCGAAACACGCUGAGAAGAUAGCUAAACGAGCGGAUGAGCAUGAGCAGUUUUUGAAUAAGGUGACGUAUUCUCUUGGAGUCGUCUCAUUCGGAACAUUCUGUUUUUUACUGGGCUCAAGGCCACAAGAUAUUCCCUACUUAUAUUGUCUCUUCUUCAUCACUGUGGCGCCCCUUCGGUGGAUUUACUACCGCAUCAAAAAAUGGCAUUACUAUCUUCUGGACUUUUGCUACUACGCAAAUGCUAUUUUCAUGGGGAUGUUGCUGUUUUAUCCAAAACAUGACAAGCUCUUUCUUGUCUGCUUUUCAUUCUCCGAGGGACCUUUAGCUUGGGCUCUCAUCGUCUGGAGGUGCAGUUUGGUGUUUAGCUCCAUUGACAAAAUCAUCAGCGUGCUAAUACACUUGCUGCCAGGUACCGUAUUUUUCAUCAUCAGAUGGUGGGAUCCUAUAACGUUUUCACCUCACAGUCAAGAAGAGACUGGUCCAUGGCCAGCUUGGCCUUUUGUGGCCAGUGACCGCACGCUUUGGACGUGGUUGUUUGUUGUGCCUCUAGUAUGUUACAGCAUUUGGCAAAUGUUGUACUUUCUGGUUGUCAAUGUACUGCGCCGGCAGCGAAUGUUGAGGGAUCCUGAAAUCAUGACAUCUUACAGGGAACUUUCUCGCAAGGCAGCACGUGCCAAUAACAUAUGGUGGCGAGUAAGUGGCGUUCUGGGCGAUAACAAUCGUGUCGUCAUGUACGCCGUGCUGCAAGCCGUUUUCACAGUGGCCACCAUGGCGCUGACUGUUCCAAUGUUCAAGUCAUAUCGACUGCAUAUUUUAUUCGAAAUCUUUAAGCUGACUGCAGCAGUUUGGAAUGGGGGCAAUUAUCUCUUUGAGGUUAUGCCCAAACAUAUUGAGACCAAGAAGAAAAGGAAAUCCACGAAGACAGUGGUAGAUAGUCCGAUGGUCGGGGAGGAUGUGAAAUCUGAUUCUGCCACUGACAAAAUUGAGGAUGGUGAGAACGUUGAUGCGAAGCGGAGGCAUCUUUCGCCUCUGACGAAGUCCACAUCUUUUGGAGACGUCCAACUGACAUCAGAAGAUAUCCCCAUAUGUGCUAUAUGCAAACGGUCGAGUUCCAUGGAUACCUCUCAGUUGGGUGCCAUUGUCAAUGGUCUUGAAGAUGCUACCAGUCCGAAGUUUGGUCUCAGUGGGGAGGGACCUAAUCUAAGGAAAAGGGCAGGUUUUGGGCACUCAGGGCCAAUGGAAAACGGGGGCGAGCAUGUUGAGCAAACACCAGGUGCCAGUUGAUUUGCAAUUUCUCCAGUGUAGAGCCUGCACGUAGGGAUUUCCGAGGUGGGUUUGUCAACUGUAUGUACAAGAGGUCAAUAAAACCCCAAUUGUAACAUAGUUUUCGACCUCAUCCCAAAUUAUUUGUUGUCCGAAGCAAAGCUUCACUGUACACAAGUUUUUGCUGAACUCGUGUCAUUGAGGUAGGUAGCUUUAAGGGAUACACGGUAGUACCUCAGUUCUAUCAUCCAAGUUGUUUGAGAUAUCUGAGAGUUGUCCUUGGGGUUAUGGGGGAUUUUUUGACUCAAUAGGCAUUUCUUUAUGGUAGAUGUAAAUAAUUCUUGCAUAGCUAAACGUAUGUAGUGAGCAAAUCCGAGCCACUUCCAUCACCGUCAUUGAUAGUCAUGAUAGAACAUGAAAGCAAUUCAUGUUUGCAGUAUAUUUAAUAUACCCGAACAGAGCUGUCACUUAGAGGCUUUCUUUAACAGUGAGGCCAGUUUAUACGUUAUAGGAUGUGAAAUUUCUGUUCACAGCUGCUCCGCUGUAUCAAUACUACAGAUUCAUUCAGUAAACAUUAUCUGAAUUCUUUUGUGCGCACUGUGUACAUUCACGUUUCCUCUUCUUUUCUCUUCUUUCGGUGAUAUUAGCAGAACUUAGCAGCCACAGAUGAAAGAAGGACAAACCGACAUAAGUAAGAAAUUGUCACGCGAUGCGUUCAUAUUGGUCGAAGUUGGAAUGGAAGCCGUAGUCAGAAAUUGGGGGAAGGUGAGGUAAGCUAGAGAUAAUCGCGGGGAAGCUUAGUUAAUUCACUGUUG